AUGCUGAGGUUCGUUCUUCUCGCUCAGGCGGCCCAAGCCUGUCAGGACGCCGUACCUUUGUGGGCAGAUUCCGAAGGGAGAACAUGCCAGGACUACGUCAACAAUAAUUGGUGCACCAGCACUGGCAAGUAUGGUGCAGGGUGGAAUUUCAAUCAGGGGGAGAGGCACAAGAACUUUGCCAGCUUCCGCAAUGCAAACUACACGGCGUUUCAAGCCUGUUGUGGCUGUGGUGCGCAUGCAAGCGAGCCUAGCUGCAAUGAGACAUCUCCAGGUUGGGUGGACUCAGCUGGAUAUACCUGCACAGAUUACGUCAGAAACAGCUGGUGUACGCCCACGGGCCACUACGGAAGCGGCUGGGACACCGCUUUGUGGAAAUCGUUCGGACAUUAUGCAAACCAGGGUAAGAGCGCUCUCGAGGCUUGUUGUGGCUGUGGUUCAGAGGCUCUCGUGAACUCAUCGACCUGCACAGACUUGCUAUCUGGUUGGACCGACGCUGUCGAGAAUAGCUGUGAUGUCUAUGUAACCCAUGAAUGGUGUACGAUGGCCGGAGAUUAUGGUCCAGGAUUCGUGAAAGAUCUUGGCAGAUUUAGUUAUCACAAGCAGUGGGGUCUAGAUGCGACACAAGCUUGCUGCGGAUGUGGUGCUGCUUCAUGCAACGAUACAGUUGAGAACUGGGUAGAUUCAAAUCGCUACACCUGUGCAGAAUACGUGGACAAUCAAUGGUGCACUCGUGAUGGAGCCUACGGAAGCGGCUGGGACAUGUCGUGGGGUACCUUUGGCAGUCGCAGGAACGGCGGAUACUCCGCGGUCGAGGCCUGUUGUGGCUGUGGGGCCACGUUUGCACUUCUCCAGUGUCAGGAUGCUGCUGUGGACUGGGUCGAUUCUCAAGGGAACACUUGCCCAACUUAUGUCCUCAACAGCUGGUGCACAGCUGAGGGGAGUUAUGGCGAGGGUUGGGACUUUAGCUGGGGCACGUUCGCGAGCCUGCAAAACCAGGGACUCUCUGCGGAUCAGGCCUGCUGUGGCUGUGGGGCCAAGCAGUCGAGCCCCACUUGCGUUGACGUUCUUCCAGGGUGGUCUGACUCGGAAGGAAACACGUGCCAGGACUAUGUGACGAAUAGCUGGUGCACAUCCACCGGCCGCUACGGGUCGGGCUGGAACAUGUCCGAGCGGCGAAGCUUUGGCCACCACGCGAACCAAAGCGCGAGCGCGCUGGAGGCCUGCUGCGGCUGCGGCGCCAGAAGCGGAAGCUGCCAAGACCCAGUGCCGGGCUGGGUUGAUGCGCUGGGCUACAUGUGCCAGGACUACGUUUCAAACCAUUGGUGUGCCUUGGGCGGCUACGGGCUCGGUUGGGACUUCCGAAGCUGGGGUUCCUUUGCCAACGUGGCGAACUUUGGAUUCACCGCACUCGAAGCUUGCUGCUGUGGGACCGGUAGCGGUCCCGCGGCAAACCCCUGCAUGGACGCGGAGGCUUGGUUCGAUUCCGAGAUGGAAACCUGUCAAGCCUACGGUCGCAGGCAGUGGUGUGGCGCCGGUGCUGUCGGCCCUGGCUGGGAUUCGGCCAAGGGUCGCCUUGCGGACUUCGUAAGCCCUUGGGAGAACACAACAGCUUGGGACACGUGUUGUACCUGUGGCGGCGGCACCCCAUGCACCGAUCUUCCGAACUGGGCGGACUCCAUCGGCAGGAGCUGCUCAGCCUAUGCUUCUGCCUGUGCAACAACCACGAACCGCAGCUUCUUCGAAGGCUAUGCAGUACAGAACGUCAGUGCGCUUGAUGCGUGCUGCGCCUGUCGUGGCCGGUCAACUGAAUUCAUGUGCUCUGAUACUCGUCAUGCCGAUCGGGUCCUGCGAGAUGCUGCUGACCUUGUCCACAUUGCAGGCUGCAGGCUCUUCCAGAGCAAGGUCGUCAUCACCGGAUCGGUCAGCGAUCUGAGCGCGUUGCAGAUCACAGGAGUUCGAGAGUUGUCAAUCGAUGCCACCGCCGAAUUGAGGACUCUGAACGGACUUCAGGGAACCUUCGUGAAAGCUUCCCUGGAAGUUGUGAACAAUGCCGUGCUAGAGAGCAUCAGCGAGAUCGGCAAACUCAAUGCUGCAUUGGACAGCUUGACUGUCAACGACAAUGCAAUGUUGUCGGACGUGCUGGGGCUUCAAGAUGUCAUGGAAGUGGCCGGCAGCGUGCUUGUCCGAAGAAACGAGAAGAUCAAAUCCUUGGCUGGCUUGGGGAACCUGCGCCUUGCAAGCGAUAUCAGGAUAACUCACAACCCAGAGUUGAAAUCUCUCCAUGGGCUGGAAAGCUUGCGCACACUGAACGCCUAUCACAUGCGAUGGGGGCGUCAGAAAGGCACCUUGAAUGUUCAAAACCUUGAUCGCCUGGAAUCGAUCAGUGCCCUUGCUGGUCUGAAGGGUGUGUUAGCCGGCGACAUCACGCUGCAACGCAACCCAGUCUUGG